GUUGUUGGGUUACCGUUGUCCCACCUUCGAAGAAAACAAAAACCAAAGAUCUCGUCUUCCCCUGUCUUUCUAAUUUACCGAAACCAAAACUGGGAAACAAUCCCUUUCCUUCCCUCCAACCUCUCCCUCCUCAGCAUUGCUUCCCAAGGAAAGCAUCCAGUCUCUCCUCUAUAUCACCAACCACCAUGUCCCUUCCGGAAACCCACCAUCCAUAUUCUUCUCUUUCUUUUCUUCUCUCUCUUUUCUCACUUCGAAAUGGCAACGGAACUAGCUGGGGUCGCCGUUCCGAUGGACGUGACUCGUUUCAAGUACUCGAACCGGGUGGUCUUGAAAACUAUUCUGGGAAGCCGAGAUGGCGGGCUGGUAUUUGUUGGUAAGAGAGUUGUGAUAGGAGGGUGGGUGAGGUCUUCUAAGGUGGGGACGAUAGAGCCUGGGACGCCGCCUCUGCCACCGCCAAAAGCCGAUGAAAGGGUUGCUCAAACGGGGUCCAAAGAUGUGACCUGUGUGGAAAUUCUUCAGUCUCGGAUACCCUUUAUCAGGUCGAUUAUGAAAGUUUUGGGUGGUGGGAAUUACCAUCCUCGCGAAAAGUUGGAGCAAGUGGUUUCUAGGCCACCUCCACCUCCACCUCCACCCCAGCCUUCGAUUGCUUUGUUGCAAGUUAGUGAUGGUUCAUGUGUUGCAUGUCUUCAGGUUGUUGUAGCUGCUGCCGGAGAUCCCAUCAACCAGCUCCUGCCUACUGGAACUAGUAUUCUGGUGGAAGGUAUUUUGGUGAAGCCAUCAGUACAGGGAAAACAUGUCAUCGAGCUUAAAGCAGAGAAAGUUCUUCAUACAGGGACAGUUGAACAUGAUAAGUAUCCAUUAUCAAAGAAAAAAUUACCAUUUGAUAUGUUAAGGGAUUGUUCUCAGUUCCGACCUCGGACAACUACGGUGGCGUCUGUUACAAGAAUUAGUAAUGCCCUGACUUUUGCAAGUCAUACAUUCUUCCAAAACCAUGGGUUCCUUUACAUGCAAGUACCCAUUAUCACGACCACAGACAGUGAAGGGUUUACUGAAAAAUUCGUAGCUACGACUCUUUUUGGCAAAGUAGGUAAAAUGGAGAAGUCGAAUGCCAUUACUGAAACUGAAGGCAUUAGCCUUGAAGUUAUGAAGUCUGCUGUAAAGGAGAAGAGUAAUCUUGUUGAAGAACUAAAGAGAAGUGAAAGCAAUAGGGAAGCACUGGCUGCCGCACUUCAGGAUUUAAGGAAAACAAAUGAACUAGCAUCACAGUUAGAAGCAAAAGAAAAGUCAAAACCAGGAACUUCACUAAAGGCUGAGAGAGUUAACUUUUCCGAAGAUUUCUUCUCCUGUCAAACUUAUCUGACUGUUUCUGGUCGCCUGCACCUGGAGAGCUAUGCAUGCGCCCUUGGAAAUGUUUACUCAGUUGGACCCAGAUUUCAGGCAGAUUGUGCAAAACCUGUGGCAGAGAUGUCAAUGAUUGAGAUUGAAAUAGCUUUUUCACAGUUAGAGGAUGCAAUGAGCUGUGCAGAUGACCUUUUCAAGUUCCUCUGCAAAUGGGUUUUGGAUAACUGUUCUGAUGAUAUGCAAUUUCUUUCAAAACGAAUUGACCAAACCUGCAUUGAUCGUCUUCGGUCAAUGAUAUCAAGUACAGUUGAAAAGGUCUCCUACACUGAAGCAGUGGACGUUUUAAAAAAGGUCACAGAUAAGAACUUUGAAACGAAACUUGAGUGGGGUGCUGCUCUAGCUUCAGAGCAUCUAAGUUAUUUGGUGGAGGAUUUCCACAAGAAGCCUGUAAUAAUAUACAAUUAUCCGAAACAAGUUAAGCCUUUUUAUGCACGCUUGAAUGAUGACGGAAAGACAGUCAGAGCAUUUGAUAUGGUUGUACCAAAGGCUGGAACAGUAAUUUCAGGUAGCCAAAAUGAGGAGCGUUUCGACAUUUUAGGUUCAAGAAUAAAGGAAUUGGAGUUGCCAAGAGAGCAGUACGAGUGGUACUUAGAUCUUCGCAGGCAUGGAACAGUCGAGCACUCUGGAUUCAGUCUUAGCUUUGACCAUGUGCUCCUCUUUGCCACUGGGCUGACUCAUGUUAGAGAUGUUAUCCCUUUUCCCAGAAGUUAUGGUAAAGCCUACCCCUAAUCAGGUUUAAGGAAAGAAUCUGGCUUCAGAAAUGAAGACGUCCCACAUCCAACUGCCCCAGUAUCAGUACAGAGUGGAAAAUGUCUAAACAUAUAUGGUAUACAUAUCCAAGAAGAGUCUCCCAUAUGCAGGAGUUUAUCCAUGAGCCCUUCUAUGCUGAGUUGAUCACAUGAAUAAGUAAAAUGUAUAUGACGAAAAUUUAUGAUACAAAGGGGAAUAAUACUCAAGUUUGCACC